AUGUUCCUGUGCAAGACGAAACCCACCGAUAAGUGGCUGGAUGCGCAAUGUGACGGUACGGCAGCAUUACACACGCUGCCAUCCUGCAUGACGUUGUGUGAUCUUAAGAAUGACAAUUACUACCAGCUGGUCGUAGUGGAUGUGCCAAUGAGCGAUUUUGACACUAAGCCCAAGCUUAAAGUUUACAAGGGUACUAACCUCAUCAGUGAGCAGCACCUUCCCGGGAUUCCCAGCGCAGUGGAAAGCCUUUACAUCAAUGACCAAGAGCCACGGAUUCCAAUCAUUGCAGUUGCGGUGGAGUCAUCGGUGCUGUUCUAUCGCAAUAUGAAACCGUACUACAAGUACACGAUCCCCAGCAUGACGAUCGAGCCGCUGGAGGUGGACGUCUGGAAGAAGUUGCCGGUUGAGCGCGGUGAGCCAUUGGAGGCAUUAAUCGACAGCUUACGCACGAUCGAACCCUCGCAGAUGACACUUCAGACACAGGAACUGCUCAGCCUGCCCGAAAGUGAACGUGGCGGGUACAUCCAUUCCAACGCCGAACGAAAGCUGGAACGACUUUCCAUCAUCACCGCGAUGGCGACGAUCAAGAAAGCUUCGAACGAACCGAAGGCCUCAUCCUGUCUGAUACUUGCCACGGAGUCCGGUGAGAUGCUCUUUCUCGAUACGCAAGCUUUCUUUGUGCUGGCUCAGGCUAAGGUGGGCCCGUUUCACGGAACACCUUCUAUGAUCUCGGCCAGUGGGCAGUACGAUAUCGACUACCGUGUCGUGAUAACGACACGCGAAGGAGCUCUCUACCUUCUGCGCAAAGGGUGGCUUACAGGACAGCACAUAGUGAAGCUGGAGGCACCAGCUGCCGGGUUGUCGUUGCUGCCCAUCGAUCAGACGAUCGUGGUCGUUUGCAUGAAUCGAUCGCUCGUGUGCUACUCGAAAAAGGGCAAGAAACUAUGGACGGUGAAGCUGCCCCAGCCGGCUGUUUGUAUGACACCGGUGUGUCUGCCACAUCUCGGUAUCAACCUCGUAUGCGUCGGACUCAAAGGUGGCCUGGUGCAGUUCUACAGCCAGAAGAAACUAGUCGAUCAGUUCUACGCACCGGAGUCCGUUUCGGCUCUAUCCUUCGGUAGGUUGGGCCAAGAAGAACACGUGCUCAUAUUGGUUACUACUGAUGGGUCGUUGAUCGUGAAGAUCCUCAAGCGGACGGCCGCGUUUGUGACGACAGAAAAUAUGUACGACGUAAAGGAAGCUGAGGAGCCACCGGGGAGCAUGCAGAUCCCGAAAAAGACGAAAAUCUUUGUGGAGCAAACACUGCGGGAGAAGGAACACGCGGCUACGAUCCAUAACUCCUUUCAGUCAGAACUUUGGCGGAUGCGGCUUACGACAGCACGAGCUACAGUAGAUGUGAUCAACUCGGCUGACAGUAACAUGUCAACGGUUGAUGUUGGUAUCGCACCGAUAAAGUUAGCUGCUGAGGUGCUCGGAUUGGGACCGACGUUUAAGCUGUUUCUGGUGCUGGAGAACAUAUCCACCCGCAAAGAGGUGAUGGGAUUGAAUGUGCUAAUACAGGCGGAUCAUCGGCACUAUGUUGUCGAACGGCCACAUCUACGAUUACCGAUGCUCGUUCCCGGUGCCCCAAUACGGUUGGAUUUUCGUGUGACCGUUGCAAUGGACUCGGCGGAUGGGUUGCCUCCUGUGGAUUUAACGUCGGAAAAUUCCUACGUUAAGGUGCUCGUUUUUAAAACUGGACAGACUAAACCGCUAAUCGCCUCGACCGUUGUUAUGCCACAAUCGGAGCCCCAAUUUCUAAGCUCUUUUUAG